ACUAUAUUAUAAGCUUCUCUUUUCCGGAUUCCAAUUUCAAAAGCUUCACUCUGAACGCUUUCCUCCUUCAUCAUUCAGAAGGAAAUCAAAACUAAAAUGUUGGAGAUGAUGGGAAUGAGAUGUUUGAUUAGAUAGGAAUUAUACACUCUCUUUCAAUACAGCCACCAAUGAAAAGAUUAAAAAGUUUAGUUACUUUCUUCAGGUUUACUCUUCGAAGAGAAAAACAAUUUUCUGAAACAUUUAUAUGCAGUCUGGUUCAUCUUAAUAUCCAAAUAUGAUCCAUAGACACGCCAGAUCUAACCCUAAUUUAGCGACAAAGUCUCCAAUUUGUAACCAUGCCCGAAGGCAAGAGCGAAUAUUUCUCCGGUAAUUGGACACACGUCUUCUGGCUCACGGAUGACUACCCAGUCCCUAUUGAUUUCAACAUUGAUGAUAUCCAUGAAGCAAUCAAAGAAGCUCUUCUUCGAAUGGGUUUCGAUAAGGUUCAGCCAAUCCGGAAGUUUUGUGACAAAAACAAACAGCGUGAUGCUUCAGCUCCUCUCACAAUGGUUAGGGAAAUCCUUUUUCUAGCAGCAUCGAUGUGUGAUGAUCCAGUAAAUUUAAUUGUCAUCGCAAAACAAAGCACACACCCUGAGGUUGACAGGGUUCUUCACUGUUUGGAAUCCAGAAACAACCCUGUUCUCCUAGUACAGCUGCCUGAUGACUUUUCUGUGGACUCACUGGUUGCUUCGACACACGAUUUACGUGGAGGAAAGCCUCAAAGGCCAGAAAGUUAUGUUUUUCCUUUAAAUUUGGAAAUUGGUUCUGGUUCUGGUUCUGACUCAGACUAUGAUUCUGAUACUGCUACGGAGGAGUCUGCUUAUAGGUGGAGGAAAAGAGUCACCUAUAAGCUCUCAUAGGGUUUCAGUGAUUGUGAUUGUAUCUGGUCUUUUGUUUUCUGUCAAGUGUCUUUGGUAUGUCUUUCAUCUUUGUUCUGUUAAACUUUUUUUUGGCUUCAAAUGAUUUGCAGUUUUGUUCCCUUUUUCUAAACUCUGCUCGACCUACUGCUUUCUCCAAUAAUUUUUGGUUUCCUGCAAUCAAUAUCUUUACAAUAGAAGAAAACUAAGUAUUAAUCAUCAAUAUGAUCGAUGCGCAGCAUAAAACUUGAAUGUGUUUGUAUCUAUAUAUCCUUUUCGAAUA